AUGGCUUCAAUUACUGUAAACCGGGUUCCCGACUUUGAACUCAUCCAUCCAAUCACCCUUUCCUUUGAUCAAUCAACUGCCGACACUGUCAUCAAUCUUUAUAUGGACGUUGUAAUCACACCCCUGAUUACCGACUUGUACUUGGGCUCAAUCGGUUUGUUCAACACAUCGAUGUCAAUUCCCGCCAACAACAACCAGCUUACGAUCUUAGAUCUAUAUAUGGACACAAACUCGUCUUUUUCGCUCACUGGUGGCAAUGCAACACUCAACCUAAGUGUAGGCAAUCUUAUAACCGGUAGAUUCCAAGUGUAUGACCAAGUAAACAGUCGGAUCUCGAUGACAUCCAACUGCUUGGAGUUAUCCAACGCCAACGUACCUAUGCUGACAUAUGACAAUGGUUAUGACCAGAAUAACAUGACCACGUCUGGCGGCCAGACGUAUAUUUCAUUCGAUCAAAAUGGAAUGGCGAUCAAAACAUCGGACAAUGCCAUUAUGUCGAUCAUUGGUAAUGCAUUCUCUGGUACGUUGGAGGCCGAUCAAAGGAGCUCAAUAUCAGUGGAACUUGUUCAACCCUUAAUCUCAUUACCCCCUACCAUCAACUUGAUCGCCAGCACCUACUCGACCAUCAACUUCCAAUUCGUUGACGUUUUCAAUCAAUUAACUUUGAGCGUAUCGUCCUCUGACCACUCGUCCAUCAACAUUCCACUCGCUAUCAAUGCCGACUUUGACAGCAUCAUGGUCAACAACAGCGCAUUGGCAAUCAAUCAAUCAUCGAUAUUGAGGAGUGUUUACACGUUCUCUAGCAUUGUGGUGCUUCAAUCAAAUGCAACUAUACUCCCACCUGUUUCGGGUAACAUCAAUAUCACGGUCAGUGGCCACUCCUCCUUGAAUAUAACAGCACCAAUGCUCAGAGGCAACUUCCAAGUGAGUGAUCAAAGCACGGUCUACGUCGCUGGCAACCAAUGGGCCUAUCUCAAUCUAAAUGCCGAUGGAAACUCGCACCUUAGCUACAUCAGCAAUGGUACAAUAGGUGGUCUGCCUAUCAAUUUGGCAAUGGUCAACGUCUCUAACAACUCAUCAAUCUAUGUUUCAUGUCCCGAUCAAAUAAUAAGAGCUGCUGGACCCAGCCCAUGCGGCAUUGUUGUGGAGAAACAAUCCAAUCUGAUAAUCACACCUCAAUUUAGCGGCUUGGUCAAUAUCAAGGUUAGUGGACAGAGUACGUUGAACCUUCCUGCCUUUGGACUCGGCGGCACAUUUCAAGUGAGCGAUCAAGGCAGUACCCUCUCAAUCUUUGACACGUUUCCGAUCAUGACCAGUGUCAACCUGAUCGCUGAUGCCAACUCGUACAUGAGCUACAGAUGUCAACUCUACAACGACAGUGUCAUCACUGGAAAUAGUAACGUGUACUUUGGAGACUCUAUACAGAUACAGUACUACGACGUCCGAGUUAACAUAUCACUUCUCUUGGGACCGAACUCAACACUGGUGAAUCAUCCGCCUUUGUACAAUGUCAGUGCGGUCAUCACAGUUGAUCAAUCCACUCUGGCCAUCAUUGGUACUAGUGUGUCGGGUAACUUCACUGUCAUGAAUGGUGGCAGUCUUUCAAUCUCUGACAAUGAUGAUGCCACAGUCUUGCUCUCGGGCUCGGGUGCCAACUCCCUCCUGAACUACACCAACACUGCAGAUAAAAGCGCAACAAUCAAUGUCCAAGCGUUGGAUCAAUCCACGAUCACUACCAAUUGUUCAAAUGGCGCUAUCCUUGGCAACAUCUAUGUUGGUGGUGGCAGUGAAGUAACAUUGGGUCCAGCAUCGGCAACAUCGGCCAACAGUCAGUCGACUAUUCUCAUGGAAGUUGAACAAAAGUCAUCUCUCUUGGUUCAGUUCCCUCUUGCCCUUACAAGCCUUGAUAUCAAGGUCAAUGACCAGUCCACCGUGUCCCUCACGAACACUUCCAGUUUCAGCAAAAUCUCCAUCAACGCCACAAACAACAGUGUGAUCACCAUUGAUUGCCCAGGUGGUGGACGUCAACAGAACUACAGCACAGUCACACUCGACAAUGCCAAGUCUGUCUCUGCCACAGGCUAUGGAAACAUCGUCUUGGAACAACAAUCAUCACUUGUGUCCAAAGCACAUCUGGUCGCUGCCAACCUCACUCUCCUCUCUGGAUCAAAGAUGCAACUAGAUGGAACAAUCCUCGUGGUUGCCAACCCUGUUCCAAACAUUGGAUCAUUCGUCACAGUCUCUGAAGACAGUUCAAUCGAGUUCAAGAACCCAUUCUCAUCAUCAUCGUUCUCAGCUGCCACGAUGACCUGCACUUCCGAGUCGUUCCUCUUCCAUGGCCAAGCUAUUGUGAGCUUCGACUCAAAGAACCCAGCGCAUGACACCUACCGUCUGAUUGAUGUGACCAUGCCACAAAGUACGCCCUACACCAUGGUGUGGCCCAAGUCGACCGAUGUGGCUCCGACGUUGACCUUCCCCACCAAGUUCUCUGUUGACUUUACCAACAACCGAAUGACUUUGAACAUCCAUGGUAUGACCAUGGGUAGUUUCAUUGGAAUCCUUGUUGGAAGUGCGGUGGCAUUUGCUGUGCUGGUCGUCGGUGCUGUGUUCCUGUUCUAUCGUCGAUGGAAGAAGACUCGAUGUCCAAAUGAAGGAUACUCAAUAAUCAACGAUGAUAAAUGA